AUGUCGGGAGAUGGAGCUGAGGGCAGGCAUCUCUUCAAACUCGUGCUGGUAACCUAUGAGUUCACCUACAGCCCCUUCAGCGGCAAUGGCAUCUUAGCGCGUUCCAUUGCCAAGGCCCUUCUGAAACUAGGUUGCCAUGUCUGUGUGCUCUGCUGCCGGCCCAGUGAAGAAGCCCAAAGAACCGACCACCAUCUGUCGACUCCCGAAAUUUCGGAAGAGGCUGCUGGCCGACUCACACUGAUUCCGCUACAACUUGCAAAGGGCGAUGGUUGGUGCAAGCUGGACGACAAGUCUGCUUGGGAUCAGUUUGCUUUUGGCAACUUGGAUGAACAUGGGCGGCUGCUGUUGGCAGGAUGUGUGCGCGAUGCAGAUGCAGUGUUGGCAAUCGACUGGACUGGAGCGCAUGCAUACAAGUCCUUCGCAGUGAAAGACAAGCCUCUGGUCUACAUGAACUUUCGCGUGUACAGUUCUGGAGUGGUAGAUGAAGGGCGAAGACAGUGGUUCGAUGACAUGGAGAGACAUGCCCUUGAGAAUGCCUCUGUGCUUGUAGUUCUGUCGCAGAUGGACAGGAUCAACAUUCAAAGAAUAACGAGCUUCUGCUCUGACAAGAUUGAGCUGCUCUUGCCACCACUGCGAGGUGAUAUGCAGGAGCUUGCGCAUACAUUACAUACAACUUCAGAAGAGCUCGACACGUUUCUGCCCGCAGAAGUCCUAAAGGCAUGGCCUGGGCCUUUAACACCCAGGAAGCGUCUGCUUGUGACCUGCGUAGCACGUAUCUCGCCCGAAAAGAAUGUCUUCCGUUUCCUGCGUUUUGUCGAGAAAGCCAAAAGCGCCCUGGAGCAGCUGGGAUUCAUCCCACUUCUGGCAGGUGCCAGUGCGGAAGAGUCUUACGCAACAGCACUGAAAGCUGACUUAAGAAAAAUCGCCCCUGAAGCCAUAAUACUGGACAGUUUCCUAUCCCCCAAGUCCCUGGCCGCUGUUUUCGCUCGCACUGCUCUGAAUUUCCAUCCCUGUGCCUACGAUGCGUAUGGCAUGACGUUAGUGGAGGCGGCUGCUUGUGGCGCACCUUCUGUUCUUGCAGGUGAGUCAGUCGGUGCAUGGGCUCUUCUCGGGUCUGAAUCAUUGUGUGUCGACAUGCCGCCUGAUGAGAAUGAAUUGUCAGAGGAUGCUGUUGUGGCCAUUACAAGCUUCCUGCGCAGUCCAGAGCUGGAAUCAGUGGGUGUGUCAGCCCAGAAGAAGGCCCUGGAAUGGGAUGAGCAGGCAUACGGAAGCAGACUGCUUGAAGUCAUCUCCUCAGUUGCACAGUAG